GAAUAUUGUCAUUAAAUGUUAUAAAUUUGGUUGGCCCACCUGCCCUCUGUUUCCCGGACCUUUACCUUCUUCUUGAUCUUGGCAUUGUUUUCUCCACUGGAGUGAACUCCAUUAAUCUCCGAUAGUCACACUGCGUCGUCGUUUCCCUUCUUUUCCCGCAUUUUCUUUCCUUUUCUUUCUCUCUAACCCUUUUGUAUAUAUAACCAAUAGCAGAGCAUCCAGCUGCAUCACAGAAGAUGCCAAGCCCAGUUUUGAAAGCUGGAAGCAGACCGCCAUGGGUGGGUUUGGGAGCUGCAGUUUGGGCCCAAAUUGCUGCUGGAAACGCCUCUACCUUCCCACUCUAUUCCCCUCUGCUGAAAUCCGUACUGGGUUUGAAUCAGCAGGAGCUGACGAUACUUGGAGUGGCCAGUGACAUUGGAGAGAGUGUGGGUUUUCUUCCUGGAAUUGCCUGCAACAAGUUCCCUCCUUGGGCUGUGCUUUUGGUUGGUUGUGGGUUUUGCUUCUUGGGUUAUGGUGUUCUCUGGCUUGCUGUUAGCCAAACUAUCGCCAGCAUGCCUUUUGUUGUGUUAUGCAUCACACUUUGCAUUGCCACAAAUAGCAAUGCUUGGAUAGGCACAGCUGUGCUUGUAACCAACAUGAGGAACUUCCCUCUCAGUAGAGGCACUGUUGCUGGCAUUCUCAAAGGCUAUAUUGGGCUUAGCGCUGCAGUUUAUACAGUGGUAUACAGUAUGGUGCUUAAGAAAUCUGCUUUGAAUCUGUUGUUGUUCCUUGCUCUUGGGAUUCCUGUUUUGUGUUUAGCCUUGAUGUACUUUAUUCGUCCAUGUACUCCAGCUUCUGGAGAAGAUUCUUCGGAGCAUGUCCAUUUUCUCUUCUCCAUAACUGUCAGUGUUUUGCUUGCAAUCUAUCUUGUCACAGUCACAGUUGUAUAUGAGAUAGUAACUCUUAGUGAUGCUGUUUCCUACAUUUUGGUUGCGAUAAUGGUUAUCCUACUGCUUUUUCCCCUUGCAAUUCCGUUGAAGAUGACAUUAUUUCCUGCAAGGGCACGAGCUGAAUCUUCGGACCAUCUUGCUCCAGGAGAAGGCAAUGCAACCCCAGCAGAUCCUUUGUUGACACCAUCCUCAUCAGCUACAUACCUUGGAAGUUUUCAUGAGGCUGAGGAUUUUUCAGAUGUCGAAACACUUCUUGCUAUUGGGGAAGGGGCAGUGAAGAAGAAAAGGAGGCCUAAGAGGGGAGAGGAUUUCAAGUUUCAUGAAGCUUUUAUAAAGGCGGAUUUUUGGCUUCUUUGGUUUGCAUAUUUUCUUGGGGUCGGUUCAGGAGUAACAGUACUCAAUAAUUUGAGCCAGAUUGGGAUUGCAUUAGGCGCUAGUGAUACGACAAUACUGUUGUCUCUCUUUAGCUUUUGCAAUUUUGUUGGUCGUCUGGGUUCUGGUGCUGUUUCUGAACACUUUCUGAGAACGAAAACAAUUCCUCGCACAUUCUGGAUGGCAUGUGCACACAUAUUGAUGAUUGUAUCAUUCGUUUUAUAUGCGUUAGCUCUCAAUGGUACUCUCUAUGUUGCAACUGCUCUGUGUGGUAUCUGCUUUGGGACUCAGUGUUCAAUAAUGGUUCCAACUUCCUCUGAACUUUUUGGCUUGAAACAUUUUGGUGUAAAUUAUAGCUUCAUGGGACUUGGCAAUCCUAUUGGUGCAAUACUUUUUUCAGUUCUACUAGCUGGUAAUGUAUAUGAUGCUGAAGCUGCAAAGCAAGGAGGGUCCACCUGCAUAGGUUCUAGUUGUUUCAGGCUCACAUUUCUAGUUUUAGCCGGCGCCUGUGGUUUGGGGACGAUCUUGAGCAUAAUUUUGACUAUUAGAGUGCGACCAGUUUACCAAAUGCUUUAUGCUGGGGGUUCUUUCCGUCUGCCUCAAAAUUCAAGCCACUAAUGAUUGGAGAUGUUAUUAUCUGAUAACAUCAAUCCAUACAGGUUUGUAGAAGCAUGCUCCAAUAAAUUUAUUCAGAUGACUAGGGAAUAUUUGCGGCUUCAAUCUGCUAAGAAUAAAUUCUCCAAAGUCUAUGGGGUAUGAUUUUGAAUUUGAUGUAUAAUUAGAAUUGAUAUAUGUAAUGUUUCCAAUGAGCUAAGAACAAAUUCUCUUCAGAAGUAUUCAGGCACGAUUUGCGGAUGACGCACGUUGUGCAACCAUUUCCCACACGGAAUGCAACCAUUGGCUGUUAUACCAUAUAAGAAUUGAACUUUCUCCCCUUAUAUUCCAUCACACUUGCAGACUUGCAGUUUACUUUUCUCAUUUCUUCUGCCUUUUGAAAUGCUGUUAUGUAGCUUAGUAACUUCUCUCUCUCUCUCUCUCUCUCAUCACAAAAUCGUCUCUGUUGCUCUCACCACUGUACAACAAUGGCGGUGGCGUCGUCGAAAUCAAAGAUUGGACACGUACUCGUGUCGCAAAUCGGAGCCGUUGUUUUCCUCCUCGUCCUCCGGCUUCGCUUCGUCCACCUCGUCCAGCUUCUCAUCCGCCACGUCGACGUUCUUCAAUCGCUCUGCCUCCCCCACGCGCCUCUCCGUUUAUGACCGCUCGCCGUCCCCGUCCUCGUCAUCUUUGCGGUUGGCGAACCGCUCUGGCUCUCCGGGCCGUUCGAUUUCGGUGAAGUUAAGGUUUAGGGGCAGUUUGGACAUAAGAGCGAGUUAACGGUUGAGUUGACUCAGGAAUCGUUCACCAGUUUUUUCGUGAAGGAUGAUGGGAUGAUGAUAGCACUGUAGAUGAUGAAUUUCUUUUUUCUGGGGGCCAGAUUA